AUGGCCGCCUCCAUGGCGCGAGCAUGGCUUGCUUGUGCUGUGAUCUUGGUGGAGCUACAGUGUGGGGCGUCAUUUUGUUCAGUUCCUUUGGAGCACUCCGUCAAGUCCGGGAAGCCGCAACGAGGGGAGGGGAUGAAGCUUCCAGCUCUUCGAUCCUGUUUAGCUCCAGCAACGAUCCUCCUGGUCCGUCAUGGACAGACGGAAUGGAAUGUUCAAGGCCGGUAUCAGGGGCAUAUGGACUCUCCCCUGACUGCAAGAGGGAGACAAGAAGCACAGCUCCUCGGAAAGAGCUUGCCGAAGCGCUUGAAGGAGUCCAACAAGAUGAUAGACAACGUGUUCAGCUCCGAUCUUGAGAGAGCUCGGGAUACGGCAAAGAUCAUCUCGGCAGAGAUCGGCAUUGAUACGAUCCACACAGAUACGAAACUAAGAGAGAGAGGAUUCGGGAUCUUCGAGGGACUGACGAGGGAGGAAGUGAAGUCAAGAUAUCCUGAGGAGAUGAGCACGUUUGCGAAGAUGGAUCUUGAUUACAAGGUUGCUCAGAACCAUCCUGGCAAGGUCUCGCUGGUGGUUACCCAUGGAGCGGUGAUAAGCUUGCUCAUGCGAUGGAUGCUGGGAAUUCCGUUCAGCCCUCAGUCGCAAGCGCACGCGGACUUCAAGAUCAGGAACUCAUGCCUGUGCGAGUUGAGAUAUGUUGGGACCAAGUGGGAAGUGUUGUCAUUCGGAGAUGUCGCUCACUGCGAACUCGACCACAUCCUGAAGCUCAAAUCCCCGCUGACCCCGUGCACUCCCGUCGAUCGCUUCACUUUCGCCCUCGCGUUCUUGAGCGGUGGCGCUUGUGAGAAGCCUUGGGAUGUGGCGGACAAACCUCGCAAAGUUCGCUCGGGUGUGAAAGUCACCUGGUGA